UUUUUAGUUCACGUGCUUUAUCUGAAUNUUUUUUUGGGGCAUAAGGUGAAUUACCGAGAUGAAAUGGGUUAUAGGAAAUAAAUUCCUCCUUCAUUUAUUUUCAAUUUUUUUCGUUAUGUGCUUCGGCAGAGUAAUUGAUUUCUAGUUUAUCUUCACCGUCUGUGCCUCAUUAGUAUGUAUAGUUAUUGGGACAAAAUUGCAGAUGAAAAAUGUAUAACGUUGUGGCUAUGACUAGCUUGGACAUCAAGGAUUUUGUUUUCGUUUGAUGGGACGAACAAAUUCUAGGAAGGAAAUAAUUGUUUUUGCUUGCAAUGUUUUAUUUCAUGUAUGUCUGAUUUAAACAUCUUUAUCAUUGAUGCUGGUUUGGGUCAUGAUGAUCUGUUUGUUAAUUGUUUUAGGUCACAAGUGUUAAGAUCAAAAUAGCCAUUUUUCAUCAGUCUUUUCUGCCUUUACUUUUCUAAACAUAAUUCAGGAAGCAGUAGAUGAAAGAUGAAGUGUUUGGCAUUUAUAUGAUAUGACGAAGAUGCUAUAUUCGUAUGUCAACUCCUAUCUCUCGUUAUGGUGUUUGCAAAGUGCUAACCUAACUUCCUAACUUGCCGUUCGGUUGAGGAAAUUGUUUAUAAGAUGGCCAAAAAAGGAAAUCAACAAAAGAAAGGGAUGGGCCAGCACUCGACGGGCCUUAAAAAAGGAGCUUCUGAACAUGUCCCCGCACCUCCAACUACUAACGAUAUGGGUCAUAAAAAUGGGCUUUCGAGUACUAUUAAUGAACAAAAUGUAGGCUCUGGUGAAGAACUUCCAAAUGGCAUCCACUCCUCCACAAAGGGUGUUAAGGGCAUUGAUCAUGUUCAAGAUGCGAAAAACAGUAAGAAAAAGUCGAAAAAGACUCAAUGGAAAGUGAAGAAAACUGUAAACGAGACAGCUUCUGGUCAUGAAGUGCCUUCUAAUGAUAACAUUGAAGCAGACAAGACUGAUAUGCCUACAGCUGAAGGUUUGGGUACUAAAGAUGGAAGUGACUUGCCCCAUCAUUUUAAUUCCGAGAAGGCGAAUAAUUCGGAAAGUUUUUCAAAUAGGCUGAAUAAUGAAGAAGCGAGGCAGCACGUAGUGCACCCUGAAACACUUGUUUUUAAAUUCUUACGAAAUAUAGCACUUUCUGUGGCUAGAUCAUCUGCUGACUGGAUAGAGAGGCAUAAACCUACUUUUGUUAUGCUCAAGUCUAAAGCGCUAAAGGCUUGUGAUCAUGUCCAAAUAAAGAUUCAGCAUGUGCAGCCUAUCUUAUUCCAGUGGAUCGUGAAUUUUGGGAAUUUAAUGCUGCUUGUGUUUAUGGUUUGGUUGGAUUGUACUUUGAGGGGCAUUGAUUCCUUUUUGCGCAUGGGGACAACAUCAUUUUUCUCGAUUAUAUGGUGUACUGUUCUCUCGGUUAUUGCCAUAAUCGGAUUCGGAAAAUCUCUAGUUGCACUGGCUGUAAUCGCUGCCGGUGGACUAUUUUUUGGUAUUACAUUUGCAGCUUUAGUAAGUGGUAUUUUCGCAAUAUUUUUCGUAUGGUUUUAUGGGAGCUUAUGGCAUACUGCACUCAUUAUCGUGCUCGGAGGAUUGGCAUUGAUUACGAAUCAUGACCGUAUUGGACUCUUCAUUGCAAGUGCAUACUCCAUAUAUUGUGUCUGGAAUUAUGUGGGGUGGCUCGGCUUACUUCUUGGCUUGAACUUAUCAUUUAUAUCGAGUGAUGCUCUGUUAUAUGUGCUGAGGAAUAUUGCCAACGACCAAAGAACGGCUAACGGCUGCUCAGAACAAGCCGCCGGGUUUCAAGGCCAACCGUCAUGUUCACCUGAUGAGCAUUUUUCACCUGGUGCUGGUGCAGCUGGUCUACGGGCUGAUCGUGGCCCAGGUAUACCCUCCACCAGUGGAUCUGAUUCGGAAAUCACAUCUGAAGAUGAAAUUGUCAGAUUACUGAAUUGCAAGGAUCAUUAUGAUGCACUGGGUUUGGCUCGGUUUGGAAAUAUAGAUCUGUUGGUUAUCAAGCGGGAGUACAGGAAAAAGGCAAUGCUUGUACAUCCUGAUAAAAAUAUGGGCAAUGAGAAGGCUGCUGAAGCUUUCCAAAAACUUCAAAAUGCUUAUGAGGUUUUACUGGAUGCUUCUAAACGGAAAGAAUAUGACGAUGAGUUGAAAAGGGAAGAGCUGCUGAAUUAUUUCCGUAAACUUCAGAAUACUUCCCCUGAGAAUAGAAGCCAUGGGAUAUUUAGAUCAGGCUUUGGUCGCUCGGAAGCUGACAGUGAGGACCCACCUGGUGAGUUAAAGCGGAUAGCAUGCAAGAAGUGCGGCUUUUUUCACACUUGGGCUUCUACCAAGAAAAUUAAGUCCAAAGCAAGAUGGUGUCAGGACUGUAAAGAUUUUCAUCAGGCUAAGGAUGGGGAUGGAUGGGUCGAGCAGUCUUCACAGCCCAUUUUCUUUGGAAUGCUACAGCAGGUCGAAGCUCCUUGUGCAUUUGUAUGUGCUGGAGGCAAGGUUUAUGAUGCAACUGAAUGGUACAUUUGUCAGGGAAUGAGGUGUCCCGCAAACACUCACAAACCAAGUUUCCAAGUGAACACGAAUGUUGUGGCGAAGAACAACAGCCAUGCAAAAGGAUCAUCAUCUUGGCAAAGUUCAGGUCAGAGAAUGCCAGCUCAUAACAACUUUGAGACAAUGACAGAGGAAGAAUUUUGCGAGUGGCUGCAAAACGCUGUUCAGAGUGGCAUGUUUGACAACUUCACUGAUGGCGAGAGCCCCUCCAAGACUGGAAGUAGCAAUAGUGGGAGUGGCAGUAGCAAGAGGAAGAAGAAGGGGAAGAAGCAAUGGUGAACUCUUUUAGCCCCAUGGGAAAUCUUGUUCCAAGUAGUUUUAUGGGUAGAAUAUAAACUUGAAGGCUCAAAUUAACUACUGCUAACUGUAUACUGAGACCAGAGUUUAAAAUCGUUGGCCUUUGAAUGUACCGAUUAUAAGAGAUUGUAUAGUAUUAUGCCCCAAUUUUGUUGGAAAAACGCUAUAAGCUGAAUCCCUAAUGCAUGAUCAGUUGCUUAAAUUUGAUUUGCAAGAAUCCAAAAUUUCGAAAAUUUCAUUCACUGAAAAAUU